AUGCGGGUAUUCUACUGGAAUAUCAAUGGUGUUGCGAAACCUAAUGCGCAACCUAAGCUUAGAGAGCUAGUUCAAGAGUUUCAACCUGAGAUUCGGUAUAUUGUGGAACCAAAGAGAAAAAAAGGUGGCAUAGAGACUAGAACAUCGGUCAUUAAUGAAUUUAGUGAUUGGAUGGAGAAUAAUAAUUUGUUUGAAGCUGAUGCUCUUGGUUGCAACUUUACUUGGACUAAUGGUCAGUCAGGUCAUCGCAGAAUUAUUAGCAAACUCGAUCGUCCUAUUAUCAAUCCAGCGUGGCUAGAUAAGUUUGAGAAUUGGCGGUGUAAAUCCCUUCCUAGAGAAGUUUCCGACCAUUCAACUUUAAUUGGUUUCCCUUUUGCUGUCCUUAGGCCGAAACGUGCUCCAUUUCGAGUCCAAAAGAUGUGGUUUCUUCAUGCAGACUUCAUGCGCAUGGUUUCUGAAAACUGGAACCUACCGGUUUUUGGAAACCCAGAUUUUAUCUUUACCUUUAAAUUAAAGAGGCUCAAAGUUGAGAUGAAUACUUGGAAUUUACGGGUCUUCGGAAACAUUCAUUCUCGUCUCAAGCAGGACAAGCUGAGGUUUGAAACGACAGCAAGGAUUUCAGAUGAAGACCCCCCAAAUAUUCCUAAUUUGAAGGCUAUGAAAUAUGCUAUGUCUACUCUGCAUGAAACCAAGCUGCAACAUACUACCAUCCUAAAACAGAAAGAGAGAAAUAAUUGGCUGGUGGAUGGGGCUAGUAACACAACCUUCUUUCACAACUGUAUUCGUGCUCGAAGAAAUAAUAAUGUGAUUUUUGAAUUGGUCGACAAUGAAGGUGCGGUUAUUUCUGACAAUACUCUUUUGGGGAAUCAUGUGAUUACUUACUAUGAAGAAAAGUUUAAUGGGACUGAGGAUAAUAUUGACAGUAGUUUGUUUGACUAUGAACAUAAAACCGUAACUCCUGAAGAAAGUCUUGGGAUGGAUGUGAUUCCUUCACAAGAGGAAAUUAAAAGUGAAGUUUGGGAUUUGGGAGCUGACAGUGCUCCAGGUCCGGAUGGGUAUUCUGGAUGUUUUUAUCGUCAUUGCUGGGACGUUAUUCAUGAAGACCUUAUUCGGGCUAUUAUUUAUUGCUGGAAUUUGAAACACAUUCCGAAUAGGACAAAUUCUAGUCUUCUGAUUCUUUUGGCUAAGGUGCGUGGGGCUAAUACUCUUCGUAAUUUUAGGCCAAUUUCCUUGAGUAAUUUUUUCUUCAAGAUUUUUACUAAGAUCUUAGCUACUCGUUUGGGUAGAGUUUUGGAUAAACUUGUUUCUGAAGAACAGGUUGCUUUUAUGAAAGGGCGUAAUAUUCACGAGAAUAUUUCUUUGGCGUUGGAAAUGGUUAAUGAGCUUCAUAUUAAAAGGAAAGAUGGCAACUUAGGUUUGAAACUUGAUAUUUCUCAAGAUUUUGACACGGUAAGUUGGUCUUUUGUUCUCGAAGUUUUUAAACAGUAUGGUUUCUCAGAGUCCUGGUACUUGUGGAUUUUUAAUAUACUUCAAUCAGCUAGAAUUUCUAUUCUUCUGAAUGGUAGCCCAGAAGGCUUUUUCAGUAUCAAUAGGGGGCUGAGACAAGGUGAUCCUUUGUCUCCUCUUAUUUUUGUGCUUAUUGAAGACGUCUUGAGCCGUAAUAUUUCGAACCUUUUCAAUGAAGGUAAGAUGACUCACAUGGUUACGCGUAAACGCAUCUCCCCUACUCAUCUUUUCUUUGUUGACGAUAUUAUGAUCAUUUGCAAAGGCAAUAUGAAGAGUGUGCAUAAUCUUAUUCAUCUUCUAGAGGUUUAUCAGCGAGCUUCUGGGCAAACUGUUUGUCGACAAAAGAGUAAGGUGUAUUAUAGGUUUAUCAGCGAGCUUCUAGGCAAACUGUUUGUCGACAAAAGAGUAAGGUACAAACACAUUAGUAAUGUUAUAGACAAGAUCAAAAAUCAAGUUGCUGACUGGAAAGGGCGUUUGCUUUCUUUUCAAGAUCGGAUUGUUCUUGUGAAAUUGGUUAUAUCUAGCUACUCUAUUCACAAUAUGACUGCUUACAAAUGGCCCCGUAAAUUUAUUUUACAAUGUGAAAGAGCUAUAAGAAAAUUCAUCUGGACGGGAAACUCUAAUACUAAACGAUUGUUUGUGGUUGGCUAUGACAAGGUGGAAGAAAACACUAGGGUGUUUAUUGGAGAUGGUCGUACUACGUCGUUUUAUUAUGACAACUGGUGUGCAAAUAGGAGCAUAGCAAGCAUUUUACAGCGAGGGGACUUGAACAGAAAUGUCCGAGUCAGUGAACUUUUAGUGGAUGGUGCUUGGGUGAUCAGUGACGUGCAUAGACUUUGGAUUGAAGCAGCAGGGAUUGAUCUCAUUAAUUUACCUAGGCCAACUAACGAAGAAGAUGUUAGAAUUUGGAUGCCUGAUUAUAAAGGAAAGUUCACAGUCCGAUCAGCUAGGGAGAUUAUCAGACCUCAUCUGCAGGUUUUUGAAGGUGCAAAUCUUCUCUGGAGAAAAAGUAUCCACCCUACUCUUGCUGCUCAGAAUUGGAAGAUACUUCGAGGUGCGUGUGCCACUCUUGAUCAGGUUCGUUCCCGUUUUAAAAUUGAAAUGCCUACAAAAUGUGUUAUGUGCUCUUCUGCGGAGGAAUCUCUGGAACACAUUUUGUGGACCUGUAAUUUUGCUGCUAAGGCCUGGACAUGGCUUGCGGACAUUUUUGGUUUGAUGCCUCAUGCUAAUCUGAUGGUGAUGUAUAAGGAAGCUAAAGGUCGUAAUCGAAUGAUCAAGGACCUAUGGUUACUCUCUACUCUGGUUAUUAAAUUUGAACUGUGGUUCACUAGGAACAAACGAGUUUAUGAAAACAAGAAGCCAGACUGGCCGUUGUUUUACAAGAGAGUUUUGUACCAGAUUCAGGAUUAUUCAGUUAGGCUGACUGGGAAGAUGCGAAACUGUUGUGAAGAUUUGAGGAUAAUGGAUUUUUUCCGAGUAAGGCAUAGAAGUGUGAAUCACCAGGAAGCAGUGGAAGUUAUUUGGAGGGCGCCGGCUUUUGGUAAUCUCCUUCUGUGCUGUGACGGGGCAGCUGUUGGUAACCCCGGUAAUGCAUGA